AUGAAUAACAACCAUAACAACAAUAAGAAGAAAAGCAAUAUUUGCAGUUUUACAUUCAUCUCACAAGCUCAGAUACCAGUAUAUGUUACUGGAGUUGAACAGAGUUGGAACUUUCUCAAAUUAGAAUUUGAUCGUCAGAGUGAUGGACUUCCGAGUCCGAAUGCUAGAUAUUAUCAAACCUUAUAUACUGGUCCUAAACUUUUUGCCGUAGACGACAAUGACGUAGUCUAUUAUCAUGAUGCAGAACAAUGGACUCCUUAUAGUAGUGCAUCAAUUAUAACAUACUCAUAUGACUCAGAUUUUGUAGAAGAUGAGGAUGAAAGUAAUGAUGUUUGCGUAUUAUCACCAGAUUUUCAUUAUGAAGAAAUAUUAAAUAAAAGACACAUGUCGGAUGCUAUUGUAUUAUGGUAUUUCAAAGACAAGAUGAAUGUUUCUUUAGACAAUGAUGAAAACGACCACUGGUUGCCAUAUUCUGAUAUUGAAAAUGAAAUAAUCGAAGAAGCGUAUCAGCGAAAGUCAAAUACAGAAUCAUUUAUAGAAUUAGAUGAUUAUUUAAUUGACUUCAAUCAAUUGGUACAAGUGAGCAAGUUAGAUAAUACUAAACAUCAAACAAUUAAACGUGUUAUUGCAAGUAACAAUGAACGCAAAUAUAUUCUUCAAGAACGAUUUUCUGAACCAUUGUCGCAAGUCUCACCUACAUCAUACACUUUCGGACACGAAUAUGAAUGGAGUCCAUUGAUUAUGCAAUGGAUACAGUCAAAAGUUGGUAAACAUUGUUUAUUUAAUGCGAAAAAAUGUGUAAGAAAAGCGAUUGAAGGCAUAAUGACUGAGGGACGUCUCAUUGGAAAAGAAAUUGAAGCAAGUUAUUUAGUGAGAAAAUUGGAACCUUGUAAAAGAUUGCUAAUAAAAGACAUAUCGAAAAUAUGUGUUCAUCUAUUUACAAGAGCUAGUUUUCUAUAUCGCGUCGUAAACACUGCACUACGUAAUAGUGAUCUAAGUAAAAUUGAUACACUGGGCCCUUAUUGUUAUCUACUUCGAGCUUAUAUACGUUCGGCUGGUACAGAAUACAAUGGAUAUCUAUAUCGUGGUUGUAAUCUCUCUGAGGAACAAGUCAGCCAAUAUCGCAAUGCUGUUUCUAUGAAAGAAUGGAAAACUUGGCGUAGUUUUACGUCAACAAGUAAAAAUCAACAAGUCGUUGAAAUCUUUGGAGAGAAUACAUUAUUCAUAAUUAAUGUUAAAGAAAUAGGAAUAUCCUCGAAUCGUGCUUUUAAUAUUCAACAUAUAUCACAGUUCCCAGACGAGGAAGAAGUUCUUCUACCAGCUGGUGUUUUAUUUCAAAUAGUAGAUGUUCAGAAAGAUGAAAAGACAAAAAAAUGGAUUAUACAUUUACAACUAUAG